ACACUGACCGGGAACUUUCGAACAAUACAAUACUACGAAAGAGGAGGCUGAGGUGACGGCUGGAACGAUCCUGCGUUGGCUGGACUCUUCGUACUAUGAUCGGGAACCGAGGGCUGUAAGCUACGACAAUACAGAGUAUCGACAGUCCCAUGGUCGCUAUCGUGACAUUACGGUGGAUAGCGCUACUGCGACACUUAUGAAACUGAUCGACAAAAUAUAUUUGCAGGUCCCACCACAACACUCGUCGCACCCGAGCCCAGUACCCUACGUCUCUUCAACCGUUCAAACCGAUCCACAAGAAAGCCUACUCCAGAGAGUCAGCAGCCAAACACCCCGACCGUCGAAGAUCAGGUCAGCAGGGACAUCGUCAUCAGUCAUGCUGCACAGAAACAAGCACACGAAGUGGCGCUUGAGAUCUCGGCUCACCAGUCCCAGCGCGAGGAAGCACGACGCAAAAAGUUCCACGUCAAUUUCCAAGCAUACGUCACCCUGAUUGAGCAAUUGAAAGCCUAUCGCGAAGGUGGCGCUCAUCCCAAUGG